AUGAGGCGCUUGACGACUACGAACACAACUCCGUCCUCUGUGGGGGACAGCAAUGUGCCGCCAAAUGGUUAUUUCGGCAGAGAGGCUUCGGUCGGAGACCGAGAAGAUGCGCGACGCCCUACAGACGACAAGGAAGAAAAGACAGCGGAAGUUAACGGGGACGAGGAAUUCUUUGCGUCGGGGCACUUUCCAAUUGACGAUAGUACGUGGGACGGACUGGAAACAGCGUAUAACUUCCAUCUGCAGCUCGCGCCCGUUCCCCAAAGUAUAGCGUGUCCAAUUUGUCUUCGAGCGACGCAAUUUCCCGUCCGUCAGGACUGUGGCCAUGUGCUGUGCUGGUCCUGCAUGCAGCAAUCACUUUCAUCGUUUGGCGUCUGCCCACUGUGUCAAGCGCAGCAAUUUUUUAAAGCUGGUAAGAGUAGCGCACCGGAAACGGAGACACGCUCGAUGGGAUACUCCUACGCUGCAGCAGGACAAGAUCUCCACAUUCCAGUCUCUUCAUCGGGUAUGCUGUCGGGGCAUUAUCAUGGCUCCAUCGUUCAGAGAGACGAUCUGCAUUACAGCAGCGGCGGCAGCAAUACUAUUAGCACCAUCGCGUCUACGGGCUACGACGCGAAUAGAACGCACCAUGAGUUCCUGCCGAACCCCAGCGAUAUUCCUCUGCAGCUGGACAACCUUAGUGAUUUGGACGACGUGAUCGAUCUUGAUGACCUAGUUUCUUCCGACAGUGAACGUCCUUCACCUCCGGUUGCAGCAAGGACCUCUCUUAGCGGUAGUUUUGUCCCAGGGCCAGUAAGGCACUCAAGAGUAUCGCUGCGAAAGAUGAGUAGUGCCUCAGUGGGUCAGUCGUCGUCGGCCACGGAGUCAAUAGUCAAGUCGGCGCCCACCGUUACUCGACCUCCAGCAAGCCAAGUGGGUAAGAGGAAAGCCAGAUCGCGGAAGAUUAAGCGCGAGGAGUUUGCACUCGCUCAAAUGGAAUGGGAAACGGUGAAAUCAGAGGGCGUUCCGCCGGAUCAGCGAUAUGACUGCGGACUCGCGAUAUAUGGGAGCUUCCUGAUUGUGGUUGGUGGCAUCGUCGGCAAGCUCCGGUUGAACGAUCUGCAUAUGUUGGAUCUCGCAGCACAGCCGUCGCCUCGCUGGAUUAAACCGCCGAUUAGCGGUACACCACCGCAACCAGGUAAUCUUCUCCAGGUAUUCAUCAUUGGAGAUGAUUUAUAUGCGAUUGGGGGAACCAUUGACGGCAAGUUUCUCACAGAGCUUCAUCGACUCAACCUCGAGUCCGGAGAAUGGAAGUGGGAGAAACUAGAAGUUGCCGGAAAACCACCGUCAAUGCGAUACUGGUACUCGCUCACAGUAUUGCAUGGCAUGGCAAUUUUGUACGGAGGCUAUGGUCAUCCGCAGCGACUCAGUGAUACGUUUGCACUUCGAUUUGAUACUGAGAUUCCAACAUGGAUGGAGCUUCAUCCUCGCGGUGACAUCCCUGGACCGUCAUCGACACAUUCCGUGUGUGUUGUCAAAGACCGCAUGUACAUUUUUGGAGGAUAUGACGGUAAAUACCGUCGCGGUCAACUUUUUGCUUUUGAAAUCGAACGCGUGUCAAACGAAUGUAUCGACUGCGUGUGGCGCAAAGUUGCCACCCAAGGACACGGACCUGCGUCACGCUAUACGCACUCGAGUGCCUGCAUCGGCUCCCAGCUAGUAGUGUAUGGUGGCAACACUGGAUGCUUGAAGGGCGACGCGUACGUGUUGGACCUCGGAUCCGAUGAAGACGUCGCUACCUGGAAGCUUGUCAAGUGUGAUCCCCCGUUAAUCCCUCGUGCCUGGCACAGGGCGGUCGUUUACAAUGACGCGAUGUACGUGUUUGGAGGACAUACGACCGAGGGCUACGACAACAAAGUGAUGCGCGUUGCCUUCCAAGCCUCAGCACCGUAG